CGCAUAUAGUAAAGUUUGAAUGGUGUUAUCUGUAAUGUUGAAAUAUUUGGAAUUAGAACUGAUGUUAAAGUUCAAAGAUUGCCUGAAAGGUAUCUAAAUGGCCUCCAGUCCGUUCUAUAACCUCCAAGAUCGAAGGUUUCUUUAAAAGAGUUGUUUCAGUUUCAGUUGUGAAUUGGACUUAAUUUUGUCAAAAUGAACGUCCCUGGUACCAGCGUCAUUAAACAGCUUCCUCCUAAAGAUCUAAGAGCAGAACUCAGAUUAUUCAUAGCUGGUGUUGGUAAACCAUCUACUGGUAGCCCUUUAGAACUUAUCAGAAAGGGAUUUUCCCUUUUAAAAUCUCUCCCUGCAUCUAAAGAUGCUGUACUCGAAUAUUUCGGAUCAUUUUAUGAGAAGUCAGUUGCGAAUUAUUUGACACAAUUAGAGAAUGGAGGUAAUCUAGAUCCAGCAUCUUCAUCAUUUGAUCAGGGAGACAGUAUUUUAAAUGAAAUUCACCUAUCAUUGUAUAACUUCAUUUCCACAAACUCUGCUGGUUGGAGGAUCAUUUUUAUUAAGUGGUCCUUAAGUUUAUUAGGAACUAUAUCAACUAAGUAUGCUAAUCGAGGAAGGGCUCCGGUGAAUGGUUCACUAAGUGACAGCCUUCAGCAAUGGCUGUCAUGCAGAGCCACCAGAUCUUUGAUUGAUAUUAAUAAUCACUGCAUAACUUUGCUUGAGUCUCAUGAAUGUUUCGAGCCAAUUAUAUUCCUGUUAGAUACAUGUGUUACGCACAGCCCUCACUUCGAUUGGGUUGUUGCCCAAGUUGGAGGUAACUUUCCUAACAUUGUAAUCUCAAGAGUUCUUAUAGCUGGUCUUCAGGACUUUGCACAUAAUCAGGGAUCUACUAAUACUCCAAAAAUAAAGUCAGUACUUGAUAUACUGAUACAUCUAGCUGGUUGCCACCAAGAUGAAAUUUUAGCUGCUUUCAAGGAAAUAUUUAAUUGGACUUUGGAGCCUGAUGUACCAGCUGAUGACAGAGGUGGACCUGUUGAAAAAAAGGCAGCUGUGGCAUAUCUUCUGACUCUAGCUUCUAGAUCAUCUGUAUUGUUGACAUCUCUGUGUGACGUUGCUUUAGAAUUAAUGACUCCUGAAACAUGUGAAAAACUAAUUGAUUUUGGAAAACAUUGGAUUCCAUACUGUAACAAUCGCCAAGCUCUAUUUAAUUUGGUGGUACAUUUGAUAAUAUCAAUUAAUGACAAGGCUGACGAAAUAUUUAUCAAUCUUUUAUUACCAUUUGCAACUUACCAUAACAGUGACAUCAGCAGCGUUGCAGAAGAAAUUUUAGCUUUGUUGCUCAAAGAACUGGAUAUUCUAUCGAGAGGAAAUUCAUCUAAAAUCCCAUUCUUAGAGUCUAUUGGAAAAAAUAAGGAAGACUUACUUAAAUUAGUUCUAUCUGAUAAAGAAAUUUAUAGAUCUUCAGCUGUGUCUAUAAUAUGCUUUAUGGGCCACCAAAAUGUAAGAGUAUUACCAGAAUGUGUUGCAUAUGUUAUGUUAAAUUCCACUAAAGAUGAACACUUAGAUGCAGUCGUGAAAUUCUCACAAAACUAUACAUAUAAAGAAGUCAUGGCCCCUGCAAUUGAAAAAACUUUGAAUGAAGAAGACAAAGAAAAAUGUAAACGUUUAUGGGCAAAUUUAAUUAAACUAUCUAAGUGGGAAGCAAGUGGUACAUUUAUAGCUCUACCUGUUAUGGAAUCAAUUCAUAGUAAUCUUCUCGCAAUAUCACAAAAGCUGUGUGAUGAAAUGGAUGUCGAAAAUGCUUUAAUGAUGGCAGAAUUGAUUUAUAUUCCGAUAGUAAACCACAAUCGUCAGCCUAGGAUUAAAAUGAUAAGAUCUAUUGUUGAUGCUAUGAUUUCAUUUUUUUAUCUCUACAUUAUGCACUCAGAAGGGAUUAAACAGAUUAGGUGUUUAAAAGUAUCUUGUGAUGUAUUGAGAAAGUUGAAUUUGAUUGGAACACUUACACGGGGUUACGCAAUAAGAGAAAUUGUUGACAAUUGUAUCAACAAGAAACCUAGUAUAUUAUUUGGGGCUAUUCCUUAUUGUGGUACAAAAAUUAUCCAGCCACCUGAAAGUUUAAUGGAAGAGAACAAUAAACAGGGUACUUCAUCUAUCCUUGCUCAGAAGCACUCAGUUUUCCAUGCCGGUGUAAUAGGAACUGGUAAGAGGAAGUCAGAACCACAGUGUCCUAUCCCUCGUGAAAAAGUUGAGCACAGCACUAGUCUUCUUCUAGAGUUUCUUAACGCCGCUACGGACUGUGGGUCGCCUCAAGCAACAUUGGAUUCUGUUAUAUCUGUUGCACUUCUCCUAGUUGAAUUUGUUUCUCCUAAUGUUAUGUAUAAUGGUCUUCCCUGGCCUGAAGAAGAGUUUUGUAAGGUCACCAUUGAAAGAGAUCUAAAAAUCAGAAAAACACUUGAUGAUACUCCUGUUAUAUGGUCAUUGUUGUCAUAUAUCGCCCACCACAGACCUGCUUUGUGCUAUUGUUCAGUGAUCCUGAGAGCUGUGACAUCAACAGUAAUUAGUGAGUGGUCCCGUAUCAGCCAGCAGGAUGAACCUAAGCUAAUGGAAACUACUGAAAAGCUUAUACAUCUGUUAAACUUAGGGCAACUUCUUCCACCGCCUUUUACAGCCCUCGCAGAUGUCAUUCCACACAUUCCACGUGAUACGGUGCAUGUACUUUUGCGGGACUGUGUAUGGAACUAUCUUAGAGACCAUGUACCUUCACCAGCUUUGUUCACGCGUGAUGCAAACGGUGUGAUGUGGCGGGACCUAUCUGCUGCUAGACCACCCAAACAAUACACUGAAACUAUGAGACUUCUUAUGUUAAAGAAUAUUGCAGUGCUUGGACCAUUAUUUUAUACUUUGUUUGUUAAAGACCAUGAUGCAGACUAACAACUGGAAAUAAUUUUUUGUUUUGACCAUUAAUUAUUACUUUCUUAUUUUCUUCAAUUUUGUGAUCUUUUCCUACCAUAACAAGACUGAUACUUUUCUAUAUUUCUAUAUUUGAUAAUUUUACAAUUCUCUCUUUAUUCUGGAUUGGAAGACCUUACGAUGAUAGGAGUUCAAAUUCAUCUAGAUUUGAAUUUAUUUGUAGUUUUUACUUUAAUUGAUUUGUAUUGUUAUUAAUAUUUUUAAUGUCCCUUUGAUUGUGUGUUCUAUUAUUCUUAAUAUUACUUUAAUUGUGUAUUUUAUUAUUCUUAAUAUUUCUUUAAUUGUGCAUUUUAUUGCUCUUAAUAUUUUAAUUGUCUAUUUUAUUAUUCUAAAUAUUACGUUGAUUCUUUGUUUUAUUAUUAUUAAUAUUACUUUAAUUGUUUAUUUUAUUAUUCUUAAUAUUACUUUGAUUGUGUUUUUAUUAUUAUUAAUAUUACUUGUGUGUGUUUUAUUAAUCUUAAUCUGAACUUGUAGUUUUAACUUUCAUUGAGUAUGUUUUUUAUAUUAGAUAUAAGCAUUCUGGGUUAUAUGAAUAAUAUCAAGUCUGAAAUAGCAAAGUUCCUUUUUUCUCAAAAGUAAGAUAGUGAAAUGUUAACAGAGACCUCAAGACAAAACUAUAGAGCAUGUUAAGAUACAUUCCAUUUUUUUUUUUAAUUUGCUCUAUGUGUUAAAUUUUUAGUAACUAGGUACAGUAAGCCUUAGCACCUCAUACAUGUUGUACUCAAAGCCAAACAAAAUCUAUUUAUCAAGAAAAUCUCACCGCAUUGCAAAUAUAUUAUUUUAGAACAGUUUCAAAAUAAAACCACUUUAUCGAAUUUCAUUGACAAUAAUACCACUUUACUACACUAAGCAAUCGGUCUUAAGGCUUGAUAUUAUAGUGAGGUUUAUUGUAUGCCUAGGUUUAAUGAGACUUGAUAUGUGGAGAAAAAAAGUAAUUGUUAAGUAUUCAGGAAUGUAGCAUUUGAUUGGAUAAGAAUUUGUAAGGAGAAAAUUACAUCCGAUUCUCUGAAAAAAGCUGCGGGACAAAACGAGGGACUAAAUAAUUAUACAGUCCAAGGGUUUUACGUUUAAGGUCUUAGUGGUAAGUUUGUUAAAAAGAUUAUUCUUAUAACUUUGGGCUUAUAUAUCUAUGUUUAUUUUUAAUGUUAUUGUUCUGUAAUAUAUUUACAGUUUACAAUAAUUUUUAGUGUGUUUUUAAUAUUGAUAAAAAUUAGGUUUAAAGAACUUUGAUUGAGCAAAUUAUCAAUAAUGAUACAAUAGAAUUAUGAAUUAUCUAUAUUUUGCUAUCACCCCUUAUUGGCCGGAGGUAGUGUAUUAGGGCCUUGAGGUGCUACGAAUCUACUUAAUUUCUAAUUUUUUAAUUAUUGUUUUAAUAAAACGAAAGAAUCUUGUCCCAUAGUUAAAAUUAUUCAGAAGAAUUAGAUCCAAGCAUAAUUCCAUUUGGUUAAAGAAAUAUUAUUUAAAUAAUUGUCAUGUCAAUUGUUCUAGUUUUUAAGUGUUCUGAUAUUAAGAAAAAUAAAUUUUAAAAUAAAUAAAUAAAUAUGACUAUUGACUUUA